GGGUGGCAGCAUGUUGGCUAACCUCUAGUAACUUCAGUUAUUUUAUAGUUGUAUUUAUUCUGGAUUCAGGCAGUAUGAGGAUGAAGCUACAGCCAUAAUGAGACCAGUUUGUUGUUGUGGAUGAGUUGGAAGAGAAUUCGAUUCUACAGGUCAGUUGGGACUCAUUCCGAGCUACCGAGUAAACCACAGGACAUGUACCAGGGGUACCUUCGAAGGGUACUACACCAGAAUAAAACAAUACCAAUAAAGGAUGCAGACGUGCAACGCUGUGGGCGGGGUUAUCUUCAUAGGCAAGAAUCCACCAGCAGAAGACCUUCUACAACUGUUUUAAAUGAUGCACUUCAUCCCGUAACUUUAUUAACUUAUCUCUUGUAAACAUUACCCUUUAUUCACCUGCUAUUUAAUUAUACCUGUGCUGCUUUGUUUCUUUUUAGAACCAAUUUAUUUCUUCCAUUGAGAUCACACUUCCAUAUCUGUGAAACAUUUCCCAGUAAGGACCAUGUCCUUACAGCGUAUUUGCUGGCUCAUGCAACUUGACAUUGUUUACCAUCCAGGUAACCAUGGAGUCGUUCAGCUCAAAGGAGAUGGCCUUGAAGGCCCAGAAGAAGAUUCUGAGCAGCAUGGCCACCAAGUCCUCGGUCCAGAUGUUCAUUGACGACACCACCAGCGAGAUCCUGGACGAGCUGUACCGCGUCUCCAAGGAGUACACUGGGAACCGCGCAGAGGCCCAGAAGGUCACCAAGAACCUGGUGAAGAUCGCCGUCAAGAUCGGCGUGCUGUUCCGGCACUCCUGCUUCAACAAGCAGGAGAUGGAGCUGGCGCAGGAGUUCAAGAGGAAACUCCGCCAGGGGGCCAUGACGGCCAUCAGCUUCCACGAGGUGGAGUUCACCUUCGACAAGGCCGUGAUGGCUGAGAUCCUGACCGGCUGUAGGGACCUGCUGCUGAAGCUGGUGAACACGCACCUGACCCCCAAGUCCCACGGGCGCAUCAACCACGUGUUCAACCAUUACGCCGACCCCGAGCUCCUCACCAAGCUCUAUGAGCCCACGGGGCCCUUCCAGGGCCACCUCACCAAGAUCUGUGCAGGACUCAACAAAAUGGUGGAGGAGGAGACUAUAUGAGGCCGACUCCUCCAGCCCAAGUGACAGGAGUCCCACCAGCCCCCUAUGGGAGACGUAGACGCUCGUAGCCGGCGACUGGACGCAAAUAUCCACUUCUGUGAUGCAAGGAACUGGCAAUAAAAACAGUAGGCUGUGCGAGAAAAGUGGACUCCUGUUCAACGAUGCUGCCCUGUCAAUCUGAAAUCUGAGAACAAGCAAGAAAGAAAAAUAGAGAAAGAAAGAAGUCGGAAUGACUUCUGUAGUUGCUCAAAGGUCAAGCAUAUUUACAAAGUUUGCCUUGUGUAUAUUUUGUUCAUUGAAAUGCAGUCACACAUUUAUGCUGGUUUUCAGUAUAUGGCCUCUUUCGUAAAUAUUGGAAUUACCGUCCAAUAAUAUAUUUAAUAUCGUUUAAUGUUACUACUGACGUUAAGUAUUAAUGGUUAUUCAGUUUGAUAGUGAUACGACACUGCCAUCUUGUGGUCAAUGUGGUGAGUCAACCACAUCUUCGCUCAUAAUCUAGAUGGGUUGCCAGAGAAUAUACGUGAAGAAAAUCCCCCAACUGAUUGCUUUGUUGUCCCACAAGAACAUAAAUACAAACUUGAAUCUA